AUGGCGGCGACCUCCGUGUCACCUGCGCGGAAAGUUGCCUCCUGGCCCUCGUCCGUACCCGCUGCCGCUUUCCCUUGUGGCGGUCCGUUGCGUGAAGCUACGUCGGAGGCGGGACUCAGACAACAUGGCCAAUGGAACCUGGUUCGCCAGGGAGCCAAUGUGGUCUUCUGUUCACAAGCCUCCAAUGCGAAAGAGGGACAAGCAAUUCAGAGGGAGCUGCAGGCUUCAGGGUGCCCAGGGGAUGCUUUCUACCAGGUCUGUGAUGUUCGCAGUGAGUCAAACAUUAAGAGGCUGAUUUCGGUAACUGUAGAACGUUACGGAUGCCUGGACUGCCUGGUGAACAACGCGGGAACUAGUUAUUUCAAACCGAUAGAAGAAAUGAGCACCCAAGACUUCCAUGACAUCAUGAAAAUCAACACUGUGAGCUGUUUCUUAGCAUCCAAGUAUGCACUGCCCUACUUACGGGAAACAAAAGGAAACAUCAUCAACAUAGCCAGUAUCGUUGGUGUCUUUGGGAAGAAGGAUGAUGUGGCAUAUGUCUCAAGCCAGGGCGCUGUGAUUGCAAUGACCAAAGCCCUGGCCAUCGAUGAGAGCAAAUAUGAUGUACGAAUCAACAGCAUCUCACCGGGUCAUAUUUUGACUCCAUUGAUGGAAAGGGAUGUAAAUCAGAAACCGAAUCCAGAGGCGGCAAUGCACAAAGCCAUCGAUUUACAGCUUAUGGGACGUUUGGGGGCCCCAGAAGAAGUGGCAUUGGCUGCCCUGUACCUUGCUUCAGAUGGUACUUUCUGCACCGGUUUAAACCUUUUGAUCAGUGGCGGAGCUGAAGUCGGCUUUGGGAUAAAGAACCAGAUGGAUCCUGAGCCUGAGCAAAGUGGGGGUGGGAACUCAAAGGGUUUCUCCAUCAAGCCUUAGUGCUGCAACGAGGAGUAGGGAUAAGAAUUAAGAGUACAGUUGUCAUCGAUAGAAAGUCAUCCCUCCAAGAAGAAG